UGGAAGUGGAAGCAGCAGUGAAUGAACACUCAAGCUGCUGCACACUGACAGAGCCACUCGGCACAGCUCUGUGAAAUGUGAGUGCACACGGACGGCGUGUCACAGCGUUAGACAGUUAAAGCCUGCCAGCAGAGCUGCUGUUGUACUUUCACACAGCUGAGGAACCUCAGGAGAACUUCAAGCAGCCCUCACACUGGGCCGGAAUGAAUGGCCCUCUGAGUCCCCGGCGGGAGCCUGUGCCUGAUCUCUCCUGCCUGCAGCAUUACAGCGAGUGGCUGGCCUGCAGACAUGAAGCUAGACUGCUGCCCAUGAAGGAGGAUCUCGCCCUCUGGCUCAACACAAUCCUGGGCAUGAAUAUAACAGCGGAGAACUUCAUGAACAUGCUGGAGACUGGUGUGGUGCUCUGCCAGUUGGCUGAAGAGCUACAGGAGAGGAUGAUUCUGGCAAGCAAUGGCAAGACUUUCGUCCGGCGUGUGAUUCGCUGGACAGCUGGUGCUGCCCCUGGUUCCUUUUUUGCCCGGGACAACACAGCCAACUUCCUGUACUGGUGCCGUAAAAUUGGGGUGGGCGAGUCCCAUCUCUUUGAGUCAGAAGAUUUGGUUCUUCACAGGCAUCCACGCAAUGUAUGCUUGUGUCUCAUGCAGCUUGGGAGAAUUGCCUCAAAAUACGGAAUCGAUGCGCCAGCACUCGUCAAACUGGAGAGAGAGCUUGAGAAGGAAGAAGAUGGAUCUCUCUCUCCAUCCAUGUUCUUUGCCUCACCGUUACCAUCUCCCUCCUCUCCUCCUCUUUUCUUCCCUCCUGCUCCAUCAUCACCUCCACCUUCUUCACCUUCUCCUAUCCCUACCUCCAUCUCUCCCUCCACUCCACCUGCCUCUCCAGCCCCAUGUCCUGCUCCAGCCCGGAGCCCCUCCCCUCCUCCCUCCCAAAUCCCUGAACCUGUCACUCAGCUGGAACCUGAACCUGAGCCUACCUCACCCACUCCCCCCUCACCUGUCAAAGCGUUCACACCCUCCAAACGCCGCCUCAGCAAGUCCAAUGGGAAAAGAAGCGCAGACUGCCUGCUGGAUGACGCUGUUAAGCAGAUUUCAGAAGACCCACCAUGCAGAUGUCCAGUGAGGUUCUGCAUUGAGAAACAGCCUAAAGGCCGCUACCGUGUGGGGGAUAAAGUACUAUAUGUCAGGAUGCUGAAUGAUAAACACGUUAUGGUGCGUGUCGGCGGUGGAUGGGAAACAUUUGGAAUGUACCUGCUAAAGCAUGACCCAUGCAGGACAGCUCAGCUCACUUGGCCAGGACUCAAACCCUGCAAGCCCACCAGCAGGUCCCCCAGCACCAAAGAGUCUUCACGGGACAGCUACCUGGUUGUAGGCACACACUCCCGCCUCAGAAAAUAACUCCCUGACUUAAUUUGUGCAAGAUUUGACCAACAUUGUGAUCAAUGACCAGCCAUGUUUUACUGAUAUCUCUUGUGUAUCACUGUGUUGAGUCAAGAAAAGAAUGGACAAGGACUAGAGCAGCUACAAUUUAAUAUUAAAUGGCUUCUGGUUACAGCUUUAUUUUUUUGAAAGAAAGUGUAAAAAGAAAUAAUACAAAAAUACAUCCCAACAAGGUAUAAUGGUAUAAGGUAUAAUGACUUUUUAUUUUUAGAGAGCUUUUUUUUAUUAUUAUUAUAUUUUUAACAUUUAUUUUCCUUUACAUCUAAACUAGCAGUGAAAAACAUAAGGGCGGGCUCUCUAGAGAAUGAUCAUUUGCAUUUCUGAUGUUGUGUUUGUUUACUCAUGCACACUGAUAUGUGAUGUAAUUCUAAUUAAUAUUUUGUACUAAAUAUGUGAAUUUUUGUAUGGGGGUAAAUGUAUAUUUUAAACAUUAGACAUUAAACCUGUCAUAUUUGGAGCAUGAGUGAAAUUUCCAUUAUCAUCCACGAGGUGGCGCCUGGAGAUAAGCUAUGCAGUGUGUUCUGACUACACAUCUUUGCAGCUUUAGCAUAUUAAGAAGCCCAUACGUUACAUUUUUCUUGCGUUACAUUUUACCCUGAGGUUCACUAGUGUGAUGAUGUAUAGGUUUAUGUGCCAAAACCGUAAUUAAUUUUUACGUCACCAUCUUGCAAGCUUUCUUCAUCCCCUAGAAUUAAACAGGUUGUUUUUGUUACUGUGCCUUUAAGAUAUAUGUAAAUCAGCCCAGUUCUGACUGGCUGCCCCAUUUUAUACCUCACUCAAGCAUUUCAGGCAGUGAAUCGCACAUUAUACCUUCAGUGUGAAUGGGUGGAGAUAAACUGCUAUAGGCUAAAUAAGCGAAUAUAUGUAAAGUGUUUUUUGUGACAUGAAUUCAAAAUGGGCUGUUUUUGAGGCUUAGAUUCCUUACAUGGACUGUAUGAACUGGUGAGUGAAUGGUAUGUUUCUGAAACUGUAACAGUGUUUUUAUACAUCAAACUCGGCUAAAAAAGUAUAUUUUUUGGUGAUAUGAGCCCUUUAAAACUGUAUUGUUCUUCCUUUAUUCUUUUUCCCUUUUUGUCUGUACUAUACAGAGUAUAUAUGAUUAUGGUGAGUCAAUAUUUUCACAAGCAAUGUCCUACUUUUUAAACAUGAAUAUUGUGAGCAUCAAAGCCAAAGUUUUUUUUUCAAUUGUUAUAAAUGAACAUACACACACAGCAAUGUAAAUUUUAAUUACAAUUUAUUUCUUUAAAAUAAAAAUAAUAAAAAAAAGGACACAAGUCUCUCAAUACAUUGAAAUAAAUUCACUGUCAUAAAGUCAUGCGCGACAAUGAUUGCUGUGUUCUUGACCUGCUUUAUCAAAUUAACCAAUAAAAAUGGUUCAUACAAAAUUAAAA